AUGAGUCUAAUUAAAUUAAAGCAUGAAAACUACGUCCUAAGGUUAUCAAAUCAAGCAUUUAGACAUAAUUUGGAUGAAAUAACUUCAAUCAUUUUGGCUGUGGCAAUGGGCGACCUUUCGAAAAGAGCAGAGAUCUUUGCAAUUGAAUCUGACGCCGACAUUUUAAAAGUUAAAAUUAUAACAAACGCCAUGAUGGACCAACUAUCUGGCUUUGUUUCCCAAUUAAUUGAAAUCUCCCAACAGGUUGGCAAAGGUGAGCUAGGUGGUCAGGCUAAAAACGACGGUACUGUUGGCGCUUGGAGAGUUGUCACUAAUCAUGUAAAUAAUAUGGCGUUUGAUAUAACAAAACAAGUAAGAGAAAUUGCAGACGUAACCACAGCAGUUGCUCUGGGUGAUUUAUCUAGAAAGAUAAACAUACAAACAAAUGGCGAAAUAUCAGAUUUACAAUUUACUAUAAAUACAAUGGUUGAUCAGUUAAGACGGUUUGCCUUUGAAGUCACAAGGGUGGCAAGAGAAACCGGUGUUGAAGGUAAAUUAGGUGGUCAAGCAGUGGUAGAAAAUGUCGAGGGUAUUUGGAAAGAACUAACUGAAAAUGUUAAUGCCAUGGCUACAAAUCUUACUGAACAAGUGAGAAAUAUUGCUAAUGUCACAACUGCUGUUGCUGAAGGCGACCUUUCAAAAAAAGUAACUGCAGAUUGUAAAGGAGAGCUUUUAGAUUUAAAACUCACAAUAAACAAAAUGGUAGAUAACUUACAAUCUUUUGCUACUCAAGUAACUACAUUGGCAGUCGAAGUUGGCACUAAAGGUAUUUUAGGAGGUCAGGCAGAUGUUCAAGAUGUUGAGGGGGCUUGGAAAGAACUUACCGAUAACGUGAAUGCUAUGGCUGCCAAUUUGACUAACCAAGUCAGAAGCAUUGCCACUGUCACAACAGCAGUUGCAAAUGGAGAUCUUAGUCAGAAAAUACAUGUGGAGGCUUCGGGUGAAAUAUUAGAAUUGAAAGAAACAAUCAACACAAUGGUUGAUUCACUACAAGUGUUUGGAUCAGAGGUGACAAGAGUGGCAAAAGAAGUGGUUGGUAUUCAUGGAAUUUUAGGUGUGCAGGCCAGAGUAACAAAUGUUGAUGGUGUUUGGAAAGAAAUUACGACUAAUGUCAACUUGAUGGCAGAAAGUAUUACAACACAAGUCAGAGCGUUUGGAAAAAUUACAACUGCAGCAGCAGCGGGUGAUUUUUCUAGUUUUAUUACGAUUGAGGCAAAUGGUGAAUUAGAUGAGCUUAAGAAAAAGAUCAAUAUGAUGGUUUCUAGCUUAAAGGAAUCUUUUCAAAAAAACUCAAGAGCUAGAAGAGCUGCUGAAGCUGCAAAUAGCGCAAAAUCCGAAUUUCUUGCCAAUAUGUCUCACGAAAUUCGAACACCCAUGAAUGGUAUCAUCGGUAUGACUCAAUUGACGAUGGAUAGUAAAUUAACGCAGUAUCAGCGUCAAAUGUUAUCAAUUGUCAAUAAUUUAGCCAAUUCAUUAUUAGUUAUUAUUGAUGACAUAUUAGAUAUAUCAAAAAUUGAAGCAAAUAAAAUGUAUGUUGAGAUGGCAGAUUUCAGUGUUAGAAGCACUGUUUUUGGUGCUCUUAAGACCCUAGCAGCCAAAGCUAUAGAAAGAAAAUUGAAUUUAAUUUAUCAAGUUGAUGAAUCAUUUCCUGAUAAUUUACUUGGUGACUCAUUUAGAUUCCGGCAGGUGAUUAUUAAUUUAGUUGGGAAUGCUAUAAAGUUUACAAAAAAAGGUGAAGUCCGUCUAUCUGUUAAGCUAUAUGGAAAGAAAGAAGAAGAAGAAGAUUUUCAAAAAUACCCAAGUUUUGCAGUCACUGAUACUGGUAUUGGAAUAGAAAAAUCAAAAUUAAAUUUAAUAUUUGAUACUUUUUCACAAGCAGAUGGAUCGACCACCAGAAGGUUUGGAGGUACUGGAUUAGGUUUAUCGAUUUCUAAACAGCUAAUUGAAUUGAUGGGUGGCAGGAUCUGGGUCACUUCUGAGUAUGGAAAAGGCUCUCAGUUUUUCUUUAGUGUGGUGGUAAAAAGAUCUAACGUUCCUUUAUCGAGUCAAGUAGAGAAACUUAUUCCAUAUUUGGCUAAAAACGUUUUAGUUAUCUUUACAAAACAUAGUGAUGAGCAAACAAAUAGAAUCAGAGAGUUAUUGGUUGAACUUCAAUUCCAUCCAACCAUUCUCAGAUCUUUCAUGGGUAUAUCCAAAGCAAAACCUUUUACCCAUGAUAUCAUUAUAAUGGAUACUAUUAGGGCAGCGGAAAAAUUAAGACAGUUAUCAGAUGUCAAGUAUGUUCCUUUGGUUUUACUUAACCCAGGACCUGAUGUAUUGAACAUGAAAACAGCAUUGGAUUUAGGUAUAAGUGUUCAUGGAAAUACACCACUUUCGGCAAAUGAUCUUGCAUGUCUAUUGAAACCAGCUCUAGAAACUAGAUUGCCUUUUCCAAAUAAAGACGGGCCAAUUUCUUAUAAAAUACUAUUGGCUGAGGAUAAUGUUGUUAAUCAAAAGGUGGCAUCAAGAAUCCUUGAAAAGCAUGGCCAUAAAGUCAAAGUUGCUGAGAAUGGAUUGCGAGCAUUUGAGGUAGUAAAGGACCAAAAUAAUCGCUUUGAUUGUGUUUUAAUGGACGUUCAAAUGCCUGUUGCUUCUGGGUUUGAGGCCACUGAAAUGAUCAGAAACUGGGAACGUGAAAAUAAUAAAGAACGUAUUCCAAUUAUAGCAUUAACAGCUCAUGCAAUGCUUGGAGAUAAGGAAAAAUGUCUUGAUGCUGAUAUGGACGAGUAUUUAUCAAAGCCAUUAAACGCGACUACUAUGAUUCAAACUAUAGCUCGAUGUGUUCAAAAUAUGCAAAGAGCAGAAGAAAUAACCAGGCAAACCAUCGAAUACAACAGUGGUGCAAUCUAAGACUAUUUUUUCCAUAUAAUAUUUUCAACUGGUCUUUUGUAUUUUAAUAACAUAUUUUAAAUUGAUGACAGAAAAAUUGCACUGAGGUUUUUAAUUUUCGAAGACAAGAUUUUACUUUUAUUAUUUGUUAGAUCAGGUGAAGGAAAUGAAUACAAUUGAGAAGAUUGGGAAAAUUAAGAGAAUCGUUUGGUUUAGAG